UUAGCCUAGUAUUCUUAGUUUGCCCAAGCUAGCCGUAGAUUUACGAAAUGGGGAUCCUAAAUGUUGUAGGGCUACUACUAAUUUAUCCAUCCUCACUUUUUGUCUUUAAAUUGGUAUCCGCAGAACAGUGCAAGUUUAUUUCACCAUGUACUUGUUCAACACCUUCUUAUGAUAUAUCGUUAGAUCCUUUAAUGGUUUUAAGAAAAAAUCAAUCACUUUACGUUGCAGACUCAAAAUAUGGAUACUACUUGCAACCAUGCAACAAGAAUGCAACAGAAUGUGGUCCUGAUUUAAGCAUGACUGCCUGUCAAGUUGACAAUAACACACCACCAAAUAAAUAUGGCAUAGGCAAGGUAGAUGGUAACACUGCUGAGUCAUCAGAUACCAAUAAUUUUACUCUAAAGAAUACUUUUGGGACUAACACUGAUACUAGGACUUCACUGCUUACAAUUGUAUGUAGCUCAAAACAAGAUGAAUUUAUAUUUGAAAAGGAGGACCCUACCAAUACCUAUCAUUUUACAUUAAACACCCGCUUUGCCUGCCCAUCCAGCAAAAGUUCUAGUGGAUUGAGUGUUGGAUCCAUUCUUGUUAUUUUGUUUUUUGUGUUUAUACUGGUGUACCUGAUUGGUGGUGUCUUGUUCCUCAAAUAUGUGAGGAAAGCCCAGGGUGCAGAGGUCAUUCCCAAUGUUGAAUUUUGGAAAGAACUCCCAUCCCUCAUUAAGGAUGGUGUCUUGUUUACCUGCCGCGGAUGUAAAGCAGAGACGACAUAUGAGAAAAUUUGAAAAGGAUAUCUGUCAUGCAGGUUUAGGGCUCAGUAUCAGUCAGCUGUGACUAACAGAAAGAAUCAGUUUCACAACAAGGGCCAAAAGGCUCAUGACUUUUUUGUGUAUGUUAGAAAGUAUGGCUGACGUAUAAUUGUAAUUGAACUAUGCAAGUAAAGGUCUCUUUGAAAGUUGGAUGAAUGCUAUAUGAAACAAAAUUGUUGCCUUUUUAUGCUUAUAUGCAUGUAUUGAAAAUAUAUGUCACUCAUAAAAUGAUCUUGAAUGAGACCUAUAAGUAUUCUAUUUAUCCUGAAUGAUCUUGAAUGAAACCUAUAAAUGUUCUAUUAAUUUAUCCUAAAUGAUAUUGAAUGAGAUCUAUAAAUAUUCUAUUCAUUUAUCCUGAAUGAUCUUGAAUGAAACCUAAAUGUUCUAUUCAUCUAACGCUUUGUCUUGAAACAUGACUGUCACUAAAUUACACAAUGAUAUUGAAUAGGAUCAAUACAUACUCUAUUUACCAAUUGCCUAGCAACUGUCAAGGAAUCUCUGGUCUUUAAUUUAUUCAAAAUUGUUCUCUAUAGUUUUUGACAAGAAAGAUCUUUAAAAGCCAUCUGUUAUACACAACUGUAAUCUCAGCAUUUAUCACUUUUCAUUAUGUACAUUAAGUAUAUGAUUAAUAUAACUCAUUUACUAUAAUCUGCUUUGAUCCAAUAUUUAUAUUGUUUGUUUUUUGUCAUCCAUUUGCAAUGGAGCAUAUAUUUAGAGUCUUGUUUUCUUUAAGUAGUAAAUUAACAGAUAUUAUGUUAAAUCAGAUUUUUUUGUUUUGUUUCCUGUCCUCUAUUUUGGUGGCCCAAAAUUGAGCAUAAUGGAAAUGUAGAUGCGGCUUCAUAGCAAUCUGGUUUAUAAAAGUAAACAUGAUCUCUAUAAGCAAUACAUGUUUUAUUUUGUUUUCUAUCUUUUGAUUCUGUAUUUUUUCAGAAAUCAUAGUUUUUAUUUGGUUCUUUAUUUUUUCACACCAAAAUGUUAUGAUUUUCUUUAAUUCUGAAUUUUUCACAGGUUAUUAAGAUGUAUUUUUGUUUGGUUCUGUAUUUUUACAGUUUUUUUUUCUUAAAACAUAAGAAUCACCUGUUGUAGCUUUACCAAUGUAAAGCUAAAGCUUACGUGAAGAGUUUGAACAAAAAUUUGUGUAAUAAUAUCUGUUUACAAUGGAUGUGUGUGGCAAGGAAGUUUAAGUUCUGUCUUCUAUUUGAGAUCAUGAUGUUUUAAAGGUUUUUAAUUUACCAUAUUUGCCUUGUAUAAUUAUCACAUUUAUUUUUGCCACGUUGUCAACUAAAUCUAAAAAAAUUUACCUCCCGAGUUGCAGAUCUGAACCUACUCAGAUUUACUAGAUGUCUAAAUCUCAUUUACAACACUAAAUUAAGUGAAGUUUUUCAGUGAAAGUAAUUAGCUAACUCAGAUUUACUAGAUAUCUAAAUCUCAUUUACAACACUAAAUUAAGUGAAGUUUUUCAGUGAAAGUAAUUAGCUAACUCAGAUUUACUAGAUAUCUAAAUCUCAUUUACAACACUAAAUUAAGUGAAGUUUUUCAGUGAAAGUAAUUAGCUAACUCAGAUUUACUAGAUAUCUAAAUCUCAUUUACAACACUAAAUUAAGUGAAGUUUUUCAGUGAAAGUAAUUAGCUAACUCAGAUUUACUAGAUAUCUAAAUCUCAUUUACAACACUAAAUUAAGUGAAGUUUUUCAGUGAAAGUAAUUAGCUAACUCAGAUUUACUAGAUAUCUAAAUCUCAUUUACAACACUAAAUUAAGUGAAGUUUUUCAGUGAAAGUAAUUAGCUAACUCAGAUUUACUAGAUAUCUAAAUCUCAUUUACAACACUAAAUUAAGUGAAGUUUUUCAGUGAAAGUAAUUAGCCAACUCAGAUUUACUAGAUAUCUAAAUCUCAUUUAUAACACUAAAUUAAGUGAAGUUUUUCAGUGAAAGUAAUUAGCUAACUCAGAUUUACUAGAUUUCUAAAUCUUAUUUACAACACUAAAUUAAACUCAGAUGUUUUAGAUGUUGUCCAGAUUACGCUAGUUUAGGUGAAGUUUUUCUGUGAAGGUAACAAAUUCAGAUUGACUAGAUUUCCAACAAUAAAUUAGGUGAAGUUUUUUUUACUUAAUUAAUGUAAUUAGCCAACUCAGAUAUGGUUGUAAUUAAAUUUGGCUGUGUCGCUGCAUUCACUUGUCUUACUGUGAUUGGUGCUCAUCAUCAGAACCCAGAAAAUUAAAUAAUCACAAGCGGUUUCAGGGUAAACAGUUUUAAAAACAAUUUAAAUAUAAAACAGUUAUAUUAUUCUGUAUGAUAAUUUAGUUUGAUAUUUUUUAAGUUAAAUUUUAGUGAAGUAAUGGCCAGUCAGGUUUUGCCCCCAUGUUUUACAAUUUUGUGAUUAGAAAUAUUACUAGUAUUGAUUCUUUUUUGUAUUAUUACAUUCCCUUACACUUUCUGUAACUUUUUUUCUUUCUUACUGAUACUAACAUAUUUUUUGAUGAAUCAUUUUCUAAGAGCAUAAUUAAAUUUCAGUAUG